AUGGAGCCACAGACUGCCCUUCCCGGCGGCCUCGAGCGACAGUCGGCGAAGGAAGAAACGAGCGAGGCAUCAUCUAGCCAACCUUUGCUGCCGACCCAGGAACCGCAGAAACAGCAGCAAGAACAACAGCAAGACCAGCAGCAAGAACAGCAGCAAGAACAGCAGCAACAGCAACAGCAGCAGCAGCAGCAGCUAGUGCAGCCGAAGGAGGAUUCGUUUCUGGUGUGUACCUGCAGGGCCCUCCUGCAGAAACAUGGGGCGUUGGGAGAAGAUGGCCUUUUUGAGGAUCCUGACUUUCCUCCUCUUCACUCUGAAGACUCUACGCAUCCUCCCGGGAGCGGGGGGGAAUUUGCAGGUGUAUUGAAAGAGCUGCUGUGGGUGCGGCCUGACGAAAUCGUUCAGCGCAUUCAACAACAACAGUGCAAAGCCCAGCGGGUCUCGCGCCCUCAGCCGCAGCAGCAACAGUUGCAGGAAAAACCCAUGCAAUUGCAGCAACCAGAGAAAACUGCCAUUCUGUUUAGCAGCAACCGAAUCGCUUCAACGGUGGCUCAGGGUAUUCUGCCUUCCCGCGCAUUCGCUGCUGCGGCCAGCGGACUAGCAGCCUCAAACCCCCGCCUCAUCAGGGAGGCGCUGGUGCAUCCCCAGGAGUGGCGUAGAGCUGGAGGCAUAGAGGGCCACAGAGCUCGAAGGAGCACCAGGAAAGGAACAGUCGCACCAGGAGCAGUUCAGCCACUCGACGAAGGAAGCGGUUCUGGCGCUGCCGCUGCUGCUGCUCCUGCAGAGGCGGAGGGCACGCAACCAGACGCAGCAGUUGCUGGGCAACAAUCUCAUCAUGCUCACUUAGGUGGAACAAAACAAAAGAACAAACGUGGCGAACGAUGCUCUGUGGACCCAGCACACACACAAGCAGACGGCGCUGACUCUCCCGUAGAAUUCGCUUUUUCUCACUGCCACGCAUUCGAGGAGGUUUGGCUGCCUCUUCUGGAGAAGGCGUACGCCAAGUUUCUUGGCUCUUACGAAGGGGUAGCGCAGAGGGCCUUUCGAGAUAUUGCUGUAGACCUGACGGGAGGCGUUGGUGCGUUUUUCCUUUUCAUGCCGAGAGUGCAAUUUGUUUGGCGGACUUUCAACUUUGGGGGCUGUUUUCUUAGCUGCGUCGCUCGUGGUGCAGAUAUCGAAAAAGACAACAUUCUGCCAGACAGACACUACACCAUCAUCGAUGUUGUCCGGGUCGACGAGUUGCGGCUGCUACGCCUUCAUAACCCCUGGAAGGUCCCGACUUGGCGAGGAGAAUUCUCAGAUUACCAUCGCUCAUGGACGCAAUACCCUGAUUUAAAAGACAAACUCAACUACAAAUUCGGCGAUACCCCUGCUGCCUUUUGGAUGAAAUUCGAGACAUUUCUUGAGGUGUUCACCAACAUUUGUUUCUGUCAUUAUUUGCCUCCUCAGCAAAGAAGGCCAUUUCCCUUGCAGCCGCUGUAUACACCGCGAGCAGCCCCACCACCAACGGCUGACUUUGUUAGCCAAUCGCAUGCAAUGCCUGCAAUGCAUGCAAUGCAUGCAUGUAUUCAGGGGUGUCAAGAAGAAAACCGGGAGGCCAGCGUUAAUGCCCCGGUGCAGAGCGAAGUAUGGAGAUAUGCAGAGGGCGCUGAGGUGUAUGUAACAUCUCAAAGAGACAGCUGGAGGGGAUUGUCUCUUUGCGGUUUACCUCGAGAUUGGGUCCGGAGCCCUUUGUCUGCAGCAGCAGCAGCAGCAGCAGCAACCCCGCAGCAAUCACCCCGCAGCAACGACCCCAGCAUCAGCAGCGCCACAGGCAGCAAGGCACAUGCAUGCAACUCAUUAGGGGGGCCCUUCUCUGGGGCUUCCAACAACAGGUGGUGUAUCCAGAAAAUAGAGACAGCUCCAUCUGCUGCCCACCAAACGAGUAUCAAGACAGCAGGCUUCUCAGCAGCAGCACGCGCUCCGUCUGUUGCUGCUCCCGCUUCCGUUGCUGUUGCUGCUGCUGCUGCUGCUGCUGCUGGGGUGGGGUCUCGAGGCGCAGCAACACCGACCUCAGCAACAACAGCAGCAGCAGCACAACAACAUAGGCACAGCACGGUGCGGAGCUAUACAUACACCGCAAUCAGCCGUCCCUCAGCUUUUGUUCGCUACGAACGCCAAGCCGAAGGCUUUGAUAUGGCAUGGGUUAAUGCGCCGAUGUUUCUAGUGUAUGUACCCUCUCCUGCGUCUGCUGCUGCUGCUGCUGCUGCUGCUGCAUCUUCUGCUGCUGCUACACCUGCUGCCGAUGGUGACGAUGGCUCAAGCCAUCUUCAGAGGGAGCACCAGCAGCAGCAGCAGCAGCAGCAAACGGGGCAGAGGUCGGGGCAAGAGCAGCCCCAGCAGCAAGGCAACGAGCAACAGCAACAGCAGCAACAGCAGCAACAGCAUGUGGAUAUCCUCCUUUCUAUAACUCAAGACUGCAGCCUUGACGCAGCUCCGAUUAGCUUGGCGGUGUUUAGACCGAAGGAUUGUCGGCGCAUCUGGUCGCAUGCAGACGCGAAGCUGUUGGGGCUGUCGCAAGGUGUAGCUGAAGAAGAUAUAUAUCCUGAAGCCACAAUUUGUAUUGUUGUCUCGCGGCAGAAAGCAAAAAGAAAGAACGAGCAGCCCAGCCGAGUUGGGCUGGUUGCUGCUUUGAUGCGGGACCCGAAGAACGCCGACGAAGUGGAAGAAAGUUUGGCGGUUGGCAGUUUGCAAGUUGAUGAUGUUGAUUGCUUUGGUGUAUCGCCGCCUCCACCUCCUCCAAAGUUGUACAGGAAGUUGAAGAUUGAAGCAGACGAGUGGUUUGUUGACAGCAUAGGAGAAGACAAGUGUUCUGUUAAGUUAACAGUCCGAAGCGGCGCGGAUACAGCGGGAUGCAUGAUAGGCCUUUAUGUCUUUAGAGGCAAAAAUAUAUGUCAAGAGGAAUUAAUACAACAGACAGAUUUCACGGUCGGCAACAAGAUUUCGCUGUCUGUUUGCUUUGCAUGUACACCCGGUGGCUCUGAGGAGUACACCGUAGUCCCAAUCACUUGGAAGAUUCAUAAUGCCAGCAGCAGCAGCCGCAGCAGCAGCAGCAGCAGCCUCAGCAGCCGCAGCAACAGCAGCAGCAGCCUCAGCAGCAGCAGCAGCAGCAGUUGCCGCAGCAGCCUCAGCAGCAGCAGCCUCAGCAGCAGCAGCCUCAGCCGCAGCAGCAGCAGCAGCCUCAGCAGCAGCCUCAGCAGCAGCCUCAGCAGCAGCAGCAGCCUCAGCAGCAGCAGCAGCAGCAGCAGCAGCAGCAGCAGCAGCAGCAUCAUGAUUUGCUGUUGCGUGUCCAUACACAAAAGUUAUGUCCGCAUGUCGCGAUGCUCCAAAUAUCUGCGUCUGAUGUGGCGGAGAAGGGCCUUCAACGAUCAAACCAGCACCAGCAUCUAA